CGAAGAAUUCAAAUGGGACAUAAGAAUUUAAUUUUUUUUCUUAUCACUAUCGUUCUUUUGAUUUGUUUAAUAAGGGUCAUCAAAUCACAAAAUAUUGAAUUGUAUUGUGGGAAGUAUGCUUCGGAUGUGAAAUGUCAGGCUUCAAACUAUAUAUCUGUCAACACGACGGUAGUUAUUGAAAAAGUAUCGAGUAAAACAUUAAAACAAAAGGAAUUGGAGGAUGCACCUAUACUUAUUUUUAACCGUGAUUAUCAAAUAGAAGCACUUCCUCAGAAGAUUGGACAUCAUUUUAAGCAACUUAAGGAACUAAUUGUAAAUUUAAUUGGCUUGAAAAUUGUAAGACGUUCAGAUUUUAAUGACAUGAGUUCUUUAAGUACAUUAAAUUUGGCAGAAAAUAAGCUCACCGAAAUACUUUCAGACACAUUUGAGGAUUUGAAAAAUUUAACAAUUUUAUUUAUCAAUGGGAAUCAAAUAAAGAAAAUUGAUCCGGUUUUGUUGAUAAAGUUAAAGAUGCUAAGAGCAUUGAAUGCACAAAAUAAUAAACUCGAAAUACUUGAUGAUAUUUUCACUGGAAAUCAUGAAUUGGAAUUUAUUAACCUAAAAAAUAAUAGUCUGAGUAAAAUAAAUAUCAACUUCAAGAGCCUUGACAAAUUAAAGCAAGUUGAUUUAAGAAAUAAUCGGAAUAUAUGUAAUCGUUGUUCUGUGAGAAAUCAAAAAGCUCUGAAUAAAAUGAAUGAUAUAUGUAUUGCUGAUGAUAACAACGAAAAAAACAAAUAUGAAAAACAAUUUAGAAAUUGUGUGAUGGAAACUCUAAAGACAAAUACAACAUUUGAAGACAAAUUGAGCGAUUGUACAAAGGAUUCAUCAUUUGUCAAAUGUAUCAUGGGACGUAUAAAUGAAAUUCCGGAUGCAGAAAAGUUCUUAAACCAAUGCUUAACCUCCAAGAAAAACGCCGAAUCAUCUAUGAAAAAUAAUUUGGAAGCGUGUUUUUAUUGUAGAGAUAACAUAAACGACAUAAGAAAUCAUGCUAAAUUGUGUGAAUUGCGAUAUUCAGAGUUCAGUAUUUACAAUUUAACAACUUUUGAAACUGAAGUAAAGAAUUUUUUUAACUAGUCAGGAAAAUUAAGAACGAAAUUUAAAAUUAAAAAAAAU